GUUAGGUUUUCUCAUAUGACAGCAACCUGAAGGCUAAAAAUGCGUCUUUUUAUUAACCACCAUUCAACGGAACCGGUUGCUGACGUCAUCACAUGAGCUGUCAACCAUAAGUUCACCGGAUCCAUCAGUGAUGGAAUCAACCGGUGAAUUAAAGAAUAUACCUUUAGGUAAGCCGUUGGGGACACGAAGAUCAAAGGGACCGACAGCAAGUGUCGCAUCUGUAUAGUCUGUGGUAAUAUCUCAAAUUUCCCCAUAUCGGCACAGGACACAUAAUUCUGACGGAUCCGUCAACGUCGGGUUACAAUCUGUGGUCAGGUAGUCGGAGCCGCAUUUUGUUUUGGUCUUUUGUACGCUACAGAUUCAUGUUGUACUUGUUAACAGCCCUUUUAUUUAGAAAAGUUCAUUUGCAUUCAAAAAACAAAACGCCACAAACAAGUUUUACUAGAUUUAUACCCGAUCCAUUAUUGCCAACGUUGCAGACGAACACAAAAAUGUCACUUGCUGAACAGCUAUUCACCUCAGUAGACGUCAAAACAAGAUGGAUACUCGUGAAAUAGGGUAUACAAACUUCAGUGCUUCAGAAUUACAACAUAACCUCAAAUCUCAAAAUGUUUUCAAAGUUUUAGGGAGUAGUCCGCGAUGGGAGUCGAUUUACCUUGAUUCUAUACGAAAAUUUGUUACAGUAUAAAUAGCAAACAAGAUAGCUAACAGCGCAAAGUGGUAAAUCAUUUUGAAAACAUUGAUAAAAAUAAAUGAGGAUGAUCCAGUGACUGCAGAGCUGCAGAUCAACCACAUUCUGCACUAUGCAGAGCUUUGACUAUUUCAUAUUUUUUAUAUUUUCGUUAAUAUAUUAUGUACAAUUUGUGAAUUGUGCUUCUGAAUGUAUCAACUUGGAUAUAUCCAUUAUACAGAAGGUAGAACAUGAAGGAUUCCGGAGAGAAAUAAAAUGGCUAAUUGAAACUGCUUCUCCUACAAAUGAAGUUUGGCAAGAAAGUAACUGCAAACUGUGUCUUAAACUGGAUGUUUCAAAUGGAAUGUUUGUCAAUCCUGAUGAAAUAGCAGAACUUAAUCGAACCCAAAAGCUCCAGAUAUUCCUUGAUGGAAAUGUUGAUAUAGAGGCUCCAGCACAUGAGGCCAGUGAACAUUCUGUAUACUUUUUCUUAAACGGCCUUGAUAUUGCAAGACUUUCUGUAAAGCUUCCAGUACAUCUGAGAUAUCAAAGGGGACAAAUAACUGGAGGAUAUGGAAAAGUGCCACUACGUAAACCCAGUUUACUGGUAUGGUGUCCAAAACAUCUCGUUACAGUGUGUGGUAGAGGGUUGAAAGUAGAAGCACCAUGUGAUGUGGCAUAUAGUCAAGUCUGUGUUUGGAAGAAUCAUACUUACCAAGCUCUUUUUGAUGAUGUGGAGUUGUUUGUGCCAGUUGGAGAUCUUGAUGACUAUCCACUAGUAUCAAUAGUAUCAUUACUUUUGGGUUGUGCUGGAUGUGUUUACAUUUUAUCAAUACUAUCAACAACACCUUUGUGAAUAUGGCACAAUUGUAUAACUGUGAAUACUUCAGAUUAGCUGUGUUCAUAAGUUUAAGUAUAUUGUAAUUACUAAUAAGUAAAUAAUAAUUAAUGCAUCAAUUAUUAAACAUU